GCAGAACUCUCAUGUCCUGUGACUGGAUCCCUCAGUACAGGCUCUGAAAAACAUUGUCACAUUGGCUGCCACCCAGAGCCAUAGAGGCCUACAAAGAUGUAGUGGGCGAAAGCAAAGAUAAACUCUGUGGGGAAAGCGUUGCUUCUGUUCUACUCCGGCUGUUGCCAUAGUAACAGCUGAACUUGUCAACAACAGGUGGGUUUUGUUUUAGCAUAGACAUUAAUGGUAGCUAGCAAGCUAUCAAAGGGAUUCUAGCUAGCUGAGGAGAUAAAAUGGCUGAGAAAAGUGGAUUGGAGAAACUGGACUUUGGUGCAUUAAGCAUCAAGCAACAACAGCAACUCCGACAAUUUAAGAUCGAAACGAGAAUCAACAAUGAAAAAUAUUUGAGAGAGCAUCCAGAGGUGGAGGCCUUAAUAAGUGACUUUUUAAGAGAUGUUUUUCUCAAAAGACCCACAGACAUUCGAGAGUUUGCAGCAGAUUACUUUACCGACCCAAACCUUUGUAUGAGCAUUGGCUCCAAACUGCAGGGCGAUCCUGCCGACACAGGCACAGACUGAAUCCUUAACAGAUUGUUUGGCAGUUCAACUGUUAUUGAAGUGUAAAGCUGUAACAAGCCUCUUUCUCUGUGUCCUGUACAUCCUCUGUAUUGACUAGUUAUUUGUGUCAAAGUAACAUUAUAUAAAGUAGGAAUGUACUGGCAUCCAGGCAGAGUUUCUUAACGAGCAUCAUUACUACAGGUUAGUUACAGGUCUACAGAUAGAAGACUUCUAGGCCUAUAUGGUGGAGUGGACAGCCUCUUUACAGGAGUUCUCUCAGUGAAAGGUCUAAACGGUAUCAUUGGGACGUUCCAACUCUGACGUUACCCCAUUGAAGUUGACAUUUAAAACGGUUAAGGUUAGAUGAGAGUAUGGGUUAAGGUUUGUGACGUCCCAAGGAUUCCGAAUAGCACUAACUGUUUUCUCAGGCCUUAGAGUACCCCUUUCUGGACUCUUACAUACUUCCAUUAACUCCCCAACUCAUCAGAUUAAACAAAAAAACAUUAAGCAAGAU